GUUGAGUUGCGGGGUCGGUAGCGGCUGGAGGAGAGGAGAAGCGUGGAGGCUGCCUGAAAUUCUGGAACUGCGCUGAAAGGAGGAGUGAUGUGCUCUUGCAACACUGUUAGUUUCUCUCUGUAUUUUGGCAAUCCAGAGAUCAUUCUUCACAGGAACAACUGUACUGGAUUAAUCUGCUAUCCUAUCUUGAAGUCUAAAGCUCUUGGAUCCUGAUAUAAACUAAUAUCUGGCAGUGAAGCUGAAGGCUUCCUCAGCUGACUCCCAGCGAAGGCCAUCUUUGCCAUAGGAAUUACCAUUUCGGAAGAAGUCCUGUGACUCCUGGGGAGAAAGCGAUCUAACCAGACAGAGACAGUCAUCAAUCGUAGGUUUUGACUUGCUACUUCAGUCAGAAACCAAGAUUCUUAAAUAAUGGAAUCACUGGAGGGUUGAGGUUGGAAGGGACCUCUGGAGAUCAUGCAGUUCAACUCCUUUGUUCAAAGCAGGGCCUACUAGGGCAGGUUCCUCAGGACGUUGUCCCCUCAGUUUUUGAAUAUCUCCAAAGGCAGAGACUCCACAGGCUCUUUGGAAAACAGGGCAGUAUUUGAAGACUUGACAAAUGCAUCCCAGGCUGAAAAACUGCACUUCUCCUCCACUUCCUCCUUUAGAAAACUGACUUCUUUAAAGAGAGGUAAGAGAGAAGCUAUAGAAGUAAGAAAAUGUUGGGAUCAGAACGAGGUGUGGUAGAAGAAUGGCUGUCAGAAUUCAAGGCAUUACCUGAAACACAAAUUUCCAGCUAUGCAGCUACAUUGCACCGAAAAAAAACAUUGGUACCAGCUCUUUAUAAAGUUAUUCAAGACCCAAAUAAUGAGCUCCUGGAGCCUGUUUGCCACCAGCUCUUUGAACUAUAUCGCAGUUCUGAAGUUCGGCUAAAGAGGUUCACAUUGCAGUUUUUGCCAGAGUUGAUCUGGGUGUAUCUGCGUCUUACUGCCAGCAGGGAUAGGCAAAGUAAUGGUUGCAUUGAAGCAUUGCUGCUUGGCAUUUACAACUUGGAAAUUGCUGACAAAGAUGGAAACAACAAAGUUUUAUCUUUCACCAUCCCUUCAUUAUCUAAACCCUCCAUAUAUCAUGAGCCUUCUACAAUUGGAUCCAUGGCUUUAACUGAAGGAGCUCUCUGUCAGCAUGAUCUCAUCAGGGUAGUUUACAGUGAUCUUCAUCCUCAAAGAGAAACCUUCACAGCACAGAACCGGUUCGAGGUGCUGAGCUUUCUCAUGCUGUGCUACAAUUCUGCUAUUGUCUAUAUGCCUGCUUCUUCUUACCAAUCACUUUGUAGGAUGGGUUCCAGGCUGUGUGUGAGUGGAUUUCCACGGCAGCAUCAGAAACGCUGGAAAGAACACUGUGGUAGAGUGGUGUUGGACCCUGACUUCAUGGUGCAGCUGCUCACAGGUGUCUAUUAUGCCAUAUAUAAUGGUCAAUGGGAUCUUGGUCAGGAGGUAUUGGAGGACAUAAUUUACAGAGCACAGCUUGAACUUUACUCACAGCCUCUGUUGGUUGCAAAUGCCAUGAAGAACUCACUGCCCUUUGAUGCUCCUGAUGCAUCACAAGAAGGCCAGAAGGUACUGAAAGUAGAAGUUACUCCAACAGUGCCAAGGAUUUCUCGGACUGCCAUUACAACAGCUUCUAUCCGUCGUCACCGCUGGAGGAGAGAAGAUGCUGAAGGUGUAAAUGGAAGAGAGGAAUCUGUGAACCUGAAUGAUGCUGAUGAAGGAUUUUCAUCAGGAGCUUCCCUCAGCAGCCAGUCAGUUGGGACCAAACCUCAAUCAUCUGUAUCCCAGAAGGGCAGCGUAAGGAAAACAGCAAGUGGAUGUUCUGCUAAGGAUAAAGAAACCUCUUCUGCAGGAAAAUCCAAUGAGAGCCCUCGAGAUUCAGUAGCUCGGAAGCAGUACAUACACCAAUCCACUGACCUUGGUACAGAUAUAAUUGAGAUGACACCUACUAAGAAACACCUCAGCCUGCCUGCUGGGCAGGUGGUGCCAAAAGCCAACAGUUUGAGCCUGAUCAGGACCGCCAGUGCUUCCUCCAGUAAAUCAUUUGACUACGUCAAUGGCAGUCAAACAGGCUCCAGUGUUGGCAUUGGUACAGAAGGUGUUACCAAUCUAGCCACUGGCAACAGCAAUCGGUUUUCAACUAUCAGCCUACAGGAGGACCGACUGGGCCAAGCUGGGGAAGGUAAAGAUCUUUUCCCCCCAGGACCUCCCUUAACAAAGCAGUCUCGAUCUCCAAGUUUCAAUAUGCAGCUGAUAUCCCAGGUGUAACUAUCUCCCUUCAUUAGGACUCCCUCUUUCCCCUAAAUCCCCAGGCAAGUUCAUCCUUAGGCAAAACAAGAACCAUCAUCCUGCAGUGUGAAAAUACUGACUGUUGUGAUCGUUUGAUUUGGUCUAGCUAUCAUACCAUAUUACUGAAACAGCAAUAAUUCUUCCCUCACCUUCAUUUCCCCCCCUUGUAAAGAUGGUUGUGAAGCAGUAUAUAAUGUACUGUAUGCCUAUUUCCAUGCCUUCCUUUCUCCUUGGGUGACGUGCAAUCCAUCGUAGGCUGAUCAGUCCCAUUUCAACACUGUGAGACUGGAGACACCAACGGAAAUGGUGAAUGUGAUCCCUAUGAGAUGAUGCUUUGGCUCUGUUAAGAAAUAGAAACGGGUUCGUUUUCUCGGUCUACAGUACUGCAAAGACUACUGGAUCAUGACUUUUCUUUCUCAGAACCAGGAGUGCCUCAGAGAUUCUGAUGUGACUUUGGACCUCUCUGAGUUUGUGCAAUCAAUUCUGGGGAGGGGAUCGUCAUUGCUGCUCCUGGCUGCUUACAGCACUUUUUCAUUAAAAUGAGGGUAGAUUUUUCUUGCCUGCCCCCGGUCUCUCAUCCCAGAAGCUUUUGAUGUUCAGCAACUGAGACAUGCAUAUUAACAAGUUGUUUUCCCUCAGAGAGAGGAUUGUAAGUAGAUAAUGUAGGUUACAAUGCACUUCUAAUGGCGUUGUAGCCAUAUGUAAUGUUACAUGUCUUCCCUUCCAGGACACAGGGUCAUUCUGCAUGUAGACUAAAAUCUAGACAAGAUCAUGCUGUUAAAGCAAUUUGGUUUGUAAAUGGGAGGGAGACACUACUUUCCCAGGAACUAAUGGCUAGCUUUGCUCCAUUUUUGUUAUUGGUGUUCUUGUUGUUGUUUUUCUUGUGAGGUGGUGAUCACUGAGGUGAAAGGUGUAUUCGGGUAAAGAGUAUUUCUCAGGCUGCUUUCUAUGGUGUCAUGGAUGUUAGACAUCCCCAACUCUCUCAGCUGCUUUCUCAGUGUCCCUAAAUUCAAUCAUGGAGUCACUUUAAGAAUCUUGCAGUCCAGACAGACCAUCUUCUUAAGGGGCUGUCUCAGGGAUAGAGACAAUAGUUUGCUAGAAACACUGAAGCUUUAAUGUGAAAUGCUUAUCUAGAAACACCGUUUGCACAAAGGGGUACUGAUAGUCCUUUUUUCCAGAAGGAUCACACUUCAUUGCCUUGGUAUAUCUAAUAUGUUAGGUUUUUUAAUUGUUAUUUUAGUGGAUAGGCCACUUCUCUAGAAAAUGCAAAACUCAUGUCAUUGAGCCAAGCCUUGAAUGUAUAUGACUGGUGUGCAGUGGUCACUGGCUGGUACUUAUGCUACAGAACACUGCGUGGAAGCACAUUUCUAAUUACAUAGGAAAAUGUUUGUCAUCCUCUCUUUCUCUCUGGAUUACUAGAGAGCAAAGGGGAAAGUUCAUCUUGUAUUCUUAAGUAAUGUAUGGUAUCCUGGAAGUUUACAAAUUGUAAAUGCACAGAAAAGUUACAAUCUUCACAUGGACACUUAGGUUUCACUGUCACUGUGAAGAGUAAACAUAAGCUGUUAAAAAUAGCGGGUUAUCUUUGAAUGACAGAUAGUCAGAAAUUCAGGACAAUAACAUGGUGUAACAUUGCUGGUAUUUUUUUUCUUUUUUGCUUUUGAGCCUCUUUCAGAUGGAACUUUUUUUUCAAAUUUACAUUAAAAUUCAUUUAAAUAUUUGACAUGUUUUUGUGCUUUGACAAGUCACUUUGGCAGGUCUAGUCUUCAGAUCUCACAUUCAUAAAGAAGUGAAUUAAAUGGCAGCUGGACUGAUGCAUAAAUUUAGUUAGAGUAAAUAGAAUCAUCAGAGAGAAAGCCUUACUGUUUCAAAAUUGAAGCUAAUCUUUAAAGGCCACCAGAGAUAGAACUAAGAUAAAGGUGAGAUUAAAUUGAGGGAUUUUCUGUAAGAAUGUCAAAAGCUAUAUAUGAUUUGACUCUGCUUAAUUUAUUUUGUCAAGUUUUGCUGGUGGAGACAAUUGGCAGGUCACGGUUGUGUAGAAAUUCACUUGCUAGUUUGUUUCCUAAAAGUGCAAAUUUGUUUUGUAGAGACCAUCAUAAAGGGAAUUUUAUUUAAGACCCAUCAUGGUAAAUUGAUAAGGACCAAAUGGUUAGCUUAAAUCUUUGGGAAAGAAAAGGUUGGGAUUAUCAGCUGUAUUUUGAAGAAUUACUAUACUUUAUUAUGCCUCUGCCUUUAAAAAAUGGGAUUGCUCAUUAGCAAGGUUCUCUAGUUUCUGAUUUUACCAUUAUAAACAUUCCUAUAGAUGUUUUUGGACACUUAAAUUAGGUCAAAUUUCACAAAACAAUUUUUAUACCCUUAUGGGUGGGGUUCCACACAAUUAAACUAUUUCAGGAAAGUGAGACACCCCACUGACUCCAGAUGGGGAAGUCAAAUGUACAUGUAUAAAUUUGUAGUUAAAUCUUUAGUCAAAUUAUAAUUUAAAAUAUUUUUGCAGUUCUUGUGUUGAUGAUGUGCCUUUUAUUAUAGUUAAAUGCAUUGUAUUUUGUUUUCUUCUUGUGUAUAUAUAUUCCUACCUGCACGAAGCUUUAAAAAGAGUUAAAAUUUAUCUCUAUUAAAAACUAUAUGUAGUUUUUGCUAUGUGCUACAUCCAUAGCUUAUCAAAAUUACCAUUUCAGUGCAGUGUUUCAUUUGUGGGAGCUUUUGUUGUUCUUCAGAGAUGUGCUGAUCAACGUCUUACAAAACGAGUCAUCACAUCUACAAAACAGCUGAAAUAACAGGCUUUGCCAGUGCUGUUUAUCACGUUUAUCUUUAAUGUUUCUACAUGUCUCAAACUAUGCCAAGGUGUGUCAAGAUGUAAUGAAACUUUAUACAGUGAUGCCCAGUACACUUGAAAGUAUUCUGGCAGUAAUAAAAUUAGAAAUGUCUGGGAUGUGGGCUGAGAGAAUGUGUUCUUUAUGAUAAUGUGUUAAAUACUAAACAAAGUACAAAACGUGCUCAAAUGUUCUCAUACCUGUGACAAAUAUCUAGACUUAAACAUCUUUAUCCUGAAUUCACUCAGCUGUGUCUUGUUUUUAGAACAUUUGGUACUCAACCUGAGACACUAGAUUUAGAUUUCUGCACCAUUUCAGCGCAGCUGCAGCAUUAUACAAGAAGGUCAAAAAGCAGAACACUACUUCUUUUUUCCCCUGUGCAUGUGCAUGUGUGCACAUACUUUUAAUUCUUAGGUGAGGAGGUCUGAGGGUUAUAUAUAGAUGUAUAUACACAUGUAAGUAGGGAUAAAUUAAUUAUCCCUUGAUAAAGUUUUUACCAUAUUAUGCUGCCAUUUUGCCACUCAUUUUUCUUGGGCUUAAUAAGAAAAUAUAAAAUGUUGGGGUUGCUGACUCAACCCCAUUGCUUAGCCUUUUCAGGGGUUUAUUUUGAGCUGCUUUUGGUUGAAUGUUGAGCCUCUUUUUGUUUUCAUCCUGUGGGCAGCAAAACAGUGAGGUAAAAAUGCCUAUAACAAUGAAUGUUGCAAGAUGAAGUUUUAAAUGGCUUUAUUAUUCUUUUGAUUUGGAGACUUUUUAUAUCACUGUCUGUUUUAAGUGCAAAUUUCUUUGAACACCCUUUCUGAUGUGAAUUUGAGAAAAAUUUUAGCAGCCUGCUUCAUUCUGUAAUGCUGAACGUUGUAGCCAGUAAGCAUUAGAUGUAGUACUUGUAGUGUGCAAGCGUGUUGGUCUCAAUUACUUAAAUCUAAAAUUUCCAACAUACUCCUGCUAGCUUUAACAUAAUUAAAUUCAUUUGUUUUGACAGCAAAAGAGUGAGGAAAAAAAAGUUUUCUGACAACGUAUUUAUUUGCACUACUUAUGAAUACUGGAGUUUACAGGGACAGGGUUUUUUCUCACCAUGUGAGGUUUACUUGUGUGUGGGUAGGUACAUACAUUUGUCACGUGUUGACAAUCAAUUGCCUCAACUGUGUCUAUACUGUAUGUAAAUAUGAACAUAUUUUUCAAGAUUAAGGGGGAAAUCUGCACCUUAAUGGUGGUAAAGCUGCUCAGUAGUAAGGUGGCCCCAACUCUUGCCCCUUUCUGUCUCUAGAUAGUAUGUGGUUUGUUUUACUUCUUUAAUGAACAUUAUUAGUGUUCCUGGAAAAUUAUAGCUCCAGGGAGCUUUUCCUCAACAUGUUCAGAGAAUUGUAUUUUGAAAAAUUAGUUUUGGAGUAGAUUAUUUUAUGCCAUGGUUGUAUUUUAACCUAAGAGUUUAAACUUUUCCUAUUUUAUCAUGAACCAAUAACCGUCUCUUUUAAGUGUUCAGGUGUUUUGAUUUUGCUCACAAAGCAGAAAUUUUUGUUUGGCUAGGCUUACAAAUUUAAAUUAACUUGAAGAGCAAGUAGGAACCAAGUAUAACUUUUUGAAUAAAAUUGUAAAAAUCAAGCACUACAAACUUGAUACUAUACUCAUAAUUCUGGAGGAGGUGUGGAAAACCAUAAUUGAACAUGCUUGAAUGGAAUGGAUGUGCUGCAUAGUGAACCAAAAGAUGUUUCUGAUGUUUGUAAAUCUGAUAGUCUCAUCCUUAAAUUCUGCAAUUCUGUCAUUGCCAAAGAUAUUGCUACCGUGGCAUGCUUAAUGUAGCACUUAAAACCAUUAGCUACAUCUCAUUGUAACAUCCAUUUACAUCAUUGGAAUAGUUUGUGUUGGAAUGGUAAACGUGGCUUUUUUUUUUUAAUGGCUUGUUUAGGAUGAUAAAGUUACAAAACUUUAUUCCUUUCCAAGCAUCAUAAGCAGAGGGCUGAUCUGAAUGUACUUGUAUUUCAUUCUUGUUUGAUAUCAAAAUGUUCAACAUUUUAUAUUUUUUCCAGUAUUUUAAAUGCUGUUUAUUUCUAGUAUGUGGGCCUUAAUUUCUCUUUCUUAUUAAAUUAAGAGAAAUUUUUCUUAACUUUUUGAACUAAUAUUAAUUUGUUGUCCCACUGUCACUUGAGUAAACUUAACUAUGGAAAGCUUUUUUGUAGAUGAUUUAGAGGAACAGAUACCAGCAUGAGUGUUGUGUUAGUGAAUGCAUACAUCAGUCUGUCAAAUUUGCAUGUCAUGACCAGCUGAAGAGCUAAAAAUACUCACCUGCCUCUUAUACAGUGAUGGAAAACAGUGGAGAGCUGUGAGCAACUUGGUUCAUUAAUAGUUUAUGAAAGAAAGCAGUAAAUGGGUUUUGCAAGACUGGUAUGUAUGAUGAUUUCCACUUAGUUAUUAUAAAAUUUUAUUUUAAAAUAAGUCUUGGAACAAGCGUUCAAAACAUAGCAGGUAGCCAUUUCAGGUAAACUUUUCUCAUAAGUUUGGCAAGUGUCAAGGCCUGCUGUCAUUAAUACAUUAGAAGUUCAGAAGCAAACUAUAGAAGUCUAAGGUACCUCACAGCUGCCAGGAAUGGAUUUAGUAAGAAUCUGUCCCAUGUUAUAUGACUUUAUUAGACAUUUAAUGUAAAAAAAUUACAAUAAUUUCUGCUUUUGUUACUUCAUUUAUUUUCUUUAGGGUAGAAAAACGUGUUUUUUUACUGUGGUCAUCAGAUUUUACAAAACAUAACAUUUGGGGGACCAAAUGGAUUCAAAAACGGGUCCAUAAAUUAUCUGUUCUAUCAUAAAGGAUUACUAAGCUAUUCCUGUGAGGAGCUGCUAGUGACAACACAUGUACAGUAAAAACUUUUGUGUCUGUACAGUGAAACCUUGGCCUACAUUUUAGCUUGUGCAUGACAGGCAAAGUGAUUAAAUCAAGUUGUAUUAAACAAUUACUUGUUUGUGAGCUCCCAGUGUUUUAUAGUCAGUAACACGUAAGCGAUUUAGAGCAGAGUGUCUUUGCAUUUUGAUAGUCUUUAAACUACUUCAAAUUUUGACUCUUGAAAAGAUGAUUAAUUACCCAUUAAAAUGUGGUAUAGAUUUCACAGAGGUUUUUGAUUUUGGAAAAGUGAUUAGGGAAGAUUUCUGAUUUGUUUGUGAUUACUUUCUAGUAAAGUGACCAUGUGCUGCUUUGUUACGGAAUGAAUCUUUCUUUUAGGUUGGUAGUGGAUCCUGUCCUGUGUGUUUGAGUCCUCAUCCUUCCCAGAACUGAUCACAAAACAGACAAAUUAGUAUGACUGAAGCAACCUUUUCAAAGAAAAAUUGUUCUAAAAAUAAGUAGGACUUAAGAAUGACAAAUACUGGCUGUUGACACUGUUCUUUCUGUUUAAGUGGUUCCUAUUGUGUUAGAACUUCCAUGCUGUUAGUUUAUGAAAAAUUCAAGUAUUAGAAACUUUAUGAAGUAUACAGUAGAUGUGAGUUAGCAAUCACUCAAGAUAAACCACUUCUCAAAGUAUUAAUAGAUUGCUAGUACUGGGGUGCGUCUGUGUGUUUUUUGUGUGCCAAUGUUCAAUGAUUACUUUGAAACAAGACUUUUUACUGUUUACUUGCAGAAGGUGCAUACUUUUAGGAUGGAUGUUACUAGCUGGUUAUUUAUGAAGAAAUACCAUAUGAUUGAAUAGAAUUGAGUCAUCUAAUUUUUUUUUUCCAUAUUAAUGAUUCCAGGAAAAAGCUAAUAAAGAUUUUUAAUAAUUAAAUCAGAUACUCUUAAUACAUUUUAGAUUUACUAGAGUGGCUUUUAUUUGCUAUAAAACUAAAUCGAGGUACCCCAUGCUGCAUUUUUAAAAUUUGUAAUUCUUCUAUUUUACAGUGAAUCUUUUUUGCUCUGUAUUGUCCUUGUAAGAAUACAGGAUAUGCUGUCAAUUUUACUAGCAAAAAGAAACAUUCUGCAAGGGUUAAAAGAUUAUUUUCUUACUUUUUCCUGUCAUACCAGGUUCGUUUCUCUGAACUAAGGAUUCUGAGGAUUUUUACUACUUUAUGUAAUCUUAUCUCUGUCAUAGAAGGAGCAUAAGCAGCAAGUAGCCCACUUCUUGUGGACAAAUAGGCUGGACAAAAGGGCAUGGAUUAGUAGCGCGAGUCCCUCUUCACCAGGGUAGGUAGCCCUGCGUGUUGGUGUAAACCCCAGGCAUUCAGGAUGCGGUACUGGUGAGGGACUAAACCAAACAGGUUUUUAGUAACCACGACCUCUGCUGUGUGGUAUGAUGUCCUUUAACCUGGGACCAGGGAAAAUCUUCAUUCUUAGACCUGAAGAUGACACGUAUCAAAGAUCAUGUUAUUGGUGCAUGUAAGCCAUUAUCUUACCUGUCUUAUUGGUUAAUGCUGUUGACUGUUGUUGAAAUGUGAAAUGCAGUUACUAUUGACUCUGUAAAUACCCGCCAGAGAUGAAAUAGAAUUAUUUUAAAUCAUUGUAAAUAGAGAUGUAUAAAACUUGACACAAUCUGCAAUGCAGAAAAAAAUUAUAUAUAUAUAUAUAUAUAUAUAUAAAUAUAUAAAGAUGUUAAAUAAAUAUCGUGCUGUUUCUGAACA